AUAAAAAAUAUAUUUAAUUGAAAAAAAAUUAGAAUCUUUAUCUAUAAUAAUUAUCUGCCGUAUUUGUCUGAGAACCUUGCUCUCCAUUACAUCAUCGCGUAAUGAAGGAAUUUAAGGAAAUAUCGAUCACAUCGUCGAAGAAAAUAUAUUAGUGUCUGACUAAGAGUCAUUUAGCUACCAUCAUGUAAGAUUGGUCCAUGGCCCAGAUCUUCUAUGCCCUUCCACGAUCAACUAUAAAAACCUCCAGUAAGUGCAUCGUCGGCUUGCAGAUCGCAACCCCCGUACGUUUAUACGCGAUCAUCGAUCUUUCUCAAGUUAGUUUCCCAAAACUCGUUGAUUAUUCCCAAGAUGUUGUCUAGAAUCGCGCACCAGAACCUAACGAGACGCAACAUAUGUUAAAUCACAUACUGAUGUGUACGAUCGUCGUGAGUUUUCUAUUGAUAUUUGUCAUUAUCAGUAUUAUAUUGGUGUUGAUUUACAAACCGAUUUACGUUUGGGAAAUCGACACACCUUACUGAAGAAUUCGAAUAUUCUCUCUGUUUUCCUUCGAAGUUUCAACAUCAUUAUCAACGAUCGUAAUUAUUUGUAAAAAGCUGGGAUAAAUCAUUGACUGCGAAAAAAAAUGGACGGAUCAGGACAGCGAAGUGUCCUUCGAGUGCUUUUGCUACUUUCCGUGACAACUUUGACGAGAUGCGCGUUGCUGGAGAUGUCCCGGAUGCUCUGGAACAAGACGGUGACUGGAGGCAUAACCACAAUUGGCAGGCUGGACCCGUUGAGGGUGCCGCUGGUCAAGGUUGAUCAAUCCGAAGGUGACGCCAAUUACAGGGUGAUCCUGAGGAAUUUGGAGAUCGUCGGUCUUAAUGGAUCAGUUUUGGAGAGCAUUCACAUCGCUCGUGGCGGGCUGCAGUCCAAUCUGAGUGAACUCCAAGCCGGAUACAUGAGCUACAGUGACCUUAGAGAUGUGGAUUCUAUUAAGUAUAGGUUCCACACUAUGACGAGGGAACCCAGUGCGCCUAGGGAGAGCCUCGAAGCUGUAGUUUCGUCUACGAAUCGAGCUGCUGACAUAAGACCUUCUUCGCGGUAUCAGGAUGCUCGCUUUGAUCGGUUGCAGCAAGAUCAACAUGGCACCAGGAUGUUCGAACAAAGUCGGCAGUAUGACCGACGCAUUCCUUUUCGACCUUAUGUUACAUCUGAUAAUUUUCAUAGAGGCAAUUUGAAAGCGUCAGGCAAUUUUGAGACAAAUGCUGAGAAUAUUGACAAUUUUAAACAGCCGGCUUACGUUCAGCCUAUUUAUACGCAGAGAACGAGAAGUUUCCAAGGAUAUCAUGGAGAGCUACAGAAUAAUAAAGACACGAUCGAUUGCGACGACACAAGGACUUUUCAAUUCAAAGGAAAUCAAGGCAACCGAUAUGAUCAACAAGGCGUCAAUCCCGGAGAACGAGCCGGAGAUGUUAAGGUUUCCGCAUCAGAAACAGUCGAGACCGGGUUGAAAAAUCAUGGUGACGUAAGACCACCUGCGUUGUAUAAUAUAGAACAGUCUCAGCGAUCGGACGUAGCAUCUUCCGGUAAUGUUAAAUCGUCCAGAAACAGAAUGAGAGAACGAUCGGGUUACAUCGACAUUAUAUACGCGGACGAUAAAACUAAUGACAGCGUAAAGCACUUUGGUAAUCUGGGUACCACUUCUGGAGAAAAUCGACAAGUAUACGGAAUCGAUGACAUCAUGAAGAACAUUCGAGACAACACAAAAUUUAUCAUCUACAAUUUUACGGAAGGUGAGGCCCUGAAAAAAAGUAACGACAUGGUUAAAGCUGCGGUGGAGGCUAAAAGAUUAAAGGACCUAAUCAGAUAUGCAAAGAAUUAUCAAGAGGAGCAAGGCUAUUUUGAGGAAGGCAUGCAGCUGAUCUAUCAUUAUGGUGGAAUAGACGUAAAAAAUGGCAGCGUUUCUCAGAAUCUCAACGAUACCAAAAGAACGAAACGAGAACAUCCUAAAGAGAUAUCUGAAGAUGAUAUAAUGCAUGUGAUUUUGAGAAUACGCGUCCCGUUGCUUCGUGUGAAAUCUCAGUACACGCUGGUAGGAAAAGUGGGGAAGGAGAUGUUACGUGGUAACGGCUUCCUUACCGGGAACUUUACCGACGUAGUGGGUGAUUUUACUCUGGAAUUGAAGAAGAUUAAUAAAGAAUUGAUCGUUCGUACUGCUAGAGCGAAAUUAUCCGCGAAGGAUAAGAAACUUAAUCUUCAAGGUAUGGACGAGAAGGGACCGGUGCAAGCUAUUCUCAAUCAAGGUUUAAUGGCUGCGGAGGCAGUCGCCGCGAUGCUCGCCGACGACUUCGCGACCAAAGGACUCGGCGAGAGAACGCCUGACGCGCUGAUCUACAGGAUGUAUAAGGAUUUACCAGCCAAUUAAUCAGCCUGUCUGGAGGCGAGCAAAUACUUCGCUUUAUUUUCCUGCCCGCCAAUCGCAUGUCUUAUUUUAUCUAGAUUUGCUUCUUUAUUUUAUUUCUUUGACAUGUCUGGAAGUGCGUUAGUUUAAUUUUUUUAUUUAUUUCGUAAAUCUAUUCUAUAUGUAUGUACCAUAUGUCUAUAUACGUUUAAAUUACUAUUGACAUGUUUAAUUGCACGUAUUAGUAUAUAUGCAAUUUAGAGAAAAAUUAUCAAUAUUGUGUGACAAUACUUUGUUGUUUUAUAAUAUUUCUUAAAUAAAAGUUAAAAAUAAGACUUUGAAAACAAAUGAAAAUUAGGAAGCAUUUUUUAUCAAAUGAAUAGUAUUGGGAAUACAAGUAAGUUUUAAAGGAUUUAUAAUAGAGGACGUUACUAGUAUUAAAUUGCAUCGGACCAUAACCUAACCUUCAUGUUAAAGCUUCAUCGUUAGGCUUAAGUUUUCAGUACGUCUCAUUUUGUUGAAGUGAAACAACAUAGUUUUUUUUAACUUCAAAUAUAUCGACUUUUGUUCCAACAAAACGCAAUUUGCGGGAAGCUUUACUCUUCUGCUUCCA